AUGAAAGCUGCGAUGAAGGCUGCAAUUGUACUGUCGCUAACUCCUGUGGUUCUAAGCGUGGCUUCGUACAACCAUCAAGGCUGUUACAAGGCCUCUGACCUGGAAUCAUUGCUGAGCUCGAAAGGUGAAUAUGAGUACCAAUCGGUUUCAUACUGUGAGGAGCAAUGUGAUGGGAGUGCAAUAGCAGCACUGGUAUCUGGUUCGACUUGCUACUGUGGAGACUCGACCAGCGUGCUAUCGGGACUGACAGCCGCAGACUCAAGCGAUUGUGACAAGGCGUGCAACGGCUGGCCAUACCAGAACUGCGGAGGCAGCGGAUACAUGGACGUGUAUAUGGUAGCGGGUGCUUCGGUGUCGUCUGGCAGCGCAGCCACGUCGUCCACUGCUUCCGGCUCUUCCGCAUCGUCCUCGUCGUCGAGCACCGCGUCAUCGAGCACCGCGUCGUCCGCGUCCAGCUCCGACGCCAGUACGUCGUCCUCGACGUCGUCUGCGUCGUCCUCAACAUCGUCGUCGAGCUCUACAACAUCCUCGAGCUCUGCGUCGUCUACGUCGUCAUCCUCCACCUCGUCGUCGUCGACUUCGUCAUCUUCCACCUCUCAGUCCUCCUCUUCUUCGUCAACUACGUCCUCGUCGUCUUCCUCCUCCACGACCUCCUCCACGACCGCUUCCGCGACCUCCUCCCAAGUCCAUACUACGGUGCUCGUGACCUCGUCGCUAUCGGUCGUCACGCUCAGCAACAACGGACUGUCCACCGUCUUCGUUACCGCUACAACUCUCGUUACACCCUCCGCUACUUCGAACGCAGGCACCUCUGGCAAGAAUUCCUCGGGCAAGAGUGCGCUGUCGGGCGGUGCGAUCGCUGGUAUCGUCGUGGGCGUCGUUGUUGGUUCGAUUGCCAUUGCGGCGUUGAUUUUCUUCUUGCUCUGGCGUCGCAGAAAAGACCAACAUCCAGAUCUAGAAGAAACCAAGCAACAUCAACCCUACUCGUUCGGCCACAACGACGUCGCUCCUCUACCCGGCGCCCAUCUGAACAACUCUCUUCAUUCAGGAGCCACCGAUGUCGAUCCCAUCUUACAUGACGACCUGCUGCGACCUUCUCCCGUGUUUGAAGAUAAUUACGGCAGGAUACGGCUCAGUAACGGAUCGCUGCCGGAUGUCACUCAAGAGCACAAGCCUCUACGCAUAGUCAACCCAGACUCAGAAGACCUCACCGACGAGGAGCGUUAUUAG